ACAGUCUAGAGAGAGAGAGAGGUAGAGAGAGAAGGGAAUUGAGAUUUUAACAAACAAACGGUAGCUUUAACUUCUCCCCCUCUGCAACCAAGAAAAUUCAGUGUUGUUGUUGGUGUCUGGGAUGUUGUUUUCUGCUACGUGAUUCUCCAUCUUCUUCUUCUUCUUCUUGUUUGCCGACAUGGGUGCUUGCGUGUCCAAGCCGGAGGGCUGCACCGGAAGCAAAUUUAAGAAGCCUUUUAAGAGGAAGAACCGCCGGAGGAGGAGGAAAGCUUCCAAAACCACCGCGUUUUCUGGCCUUUCCGAUGGAUCGCACCUCUCCGACCCGAUUGACCGCUGCUCAUUUUCCAAUCCCACUUUUCAAGGAAGUUCUGAUGAGGCCUGGUUUGAUACAUUUCCAAGAUUUGAAUCCGAUUGUGAUGAAGACUACCAGAGCAUUCCUGAUGACAUACAGUCGAUUAAUAGCUUCGAAGGCGUGUCGACAUCGAGUAUUUCGUCUUCCGGGGAUGCUAAUCAUGGAGAUCAUAAUGUGAAUCAGAUUCACAGGCCAGGAAAUUCAGCAAGAGUUCAUUCUGUGAGGAGCUCUGGAAGUGAAGUUGCAAUGAAUCCAGAUGAUGCAGAACAUCAACUCAAGGGCCAUGGACACUCUAGCGAAGCAAACGAACCGGUAUUCGUCGACGAUAUCUCCUCGACGGCUGGUGAAAGUUCUGCCAAAGGGGAUGGAAUAUUGGAUGACUGUGGGAUUCUGCCUACCAAUUGCUUGCCUUGUCUUGCAUCAACAAUUAACUCUGUUGACAAGAGAAAAUCUCUAAGUUCAAGUCCUCCAAGUGGGCUCAAAAAGGCCGCCUUGAAAUUGUCUUUCAAGUGGAAAGAAGGAAAUCCCAAUGCUGCUUUAUUUUCGUCGAAAUCGCUUCUCCAAAGACCUAUAGCAGGUUCUCAAGUGCCUUUUGUCCCAGCUGACAAGAAAAUGCUAGAUUGUUGGUCACAUAUUGAGCCAGAUAGUUUCAAAGUUCGGGGACUAAACUAUGCAAAGGACAAGAAGAAGGAAUUUGCUCCUAGUCAUGCUGCUUACCAACCCUUUGGAGUCGACGUAUUCUUGUCGCAUCGAAAAGUGGAUCAUAUCGCUCGAUUCGUCGAGCUGCCUGCAGCCAAUUACACUGGAAAACUCCCACCUAUCCUUGUUGUUAAUGUUCAGAUUCCAUUGUAUCCUGCCGCGAUUUUUCAAGGCGAAACCGAUGGAGAAGGGAUGAGUAUAGUCUUGUACUUCAAGCUAUCCGAUGCAUUUGCUAAAGAACUUACAUCUCACUUUCAAGAAAGCAUCAGGAAGCUGAUUGAGGAUGAAGUUGAAAGGGUGAAGGGUUUUCCAGUAGACACAGUAGUUCCAUUUAGAGAAAGGUUGAAAAUUUUGGGUCGAGUUGCGAACGUCGAGGAGCUUCCGAUGAGCGCUGCGGAGCGGAAGCUCAUGCAGGCUUACAACGAAAAGCCUGUCCUCUCGCGUCCUCAACAUGAAUUUUACUUGGGAGAAAACUACUUGGAAAUUGACUUAGACAUGCACAGAUUUAGUUACAUUUCAAGGAAAGGCUUUGAAGCAUUCCUUGACAGACUGAAGUGCUGCAUUUUAGAUGUCGGCCUCACAAUUCAGGGGAACAAACCUGAAGAAUUGCCAGAGGAGAUCUUAUGCUGUAUUAGACUAAAUGGAAUUGAUUACGUAAAUUACCAGCAGUUGGGGAUGAGUCAAGAGAUUCUGUAAAGUGCAUCGCCAUUGUAUUCAUACAAAAGAGUUCACUAAAAAAGCAAAAUUUUAAUGAAAUAUGACGUUUUUUUCUUUGAAAA